CUAACCAUUCUUCUGCAUUCGCCAGUGACAGUCAGUAUAAAAACGAUCGUCACCACAGAGCUAGCUCGGUAUCAAAUUUUGGCUUUGGACAAAAAUUAUUCUAGUGACUUUGUGAAGGAAUCACGAGCGACGUCUUCUGUUUUGCAAUACUGCCGGCGAUUGUGCGCGUAAUCUGUUACACUGUUGAGAGCCAGACGAGCGUUUAGCAUUCCGGUUCUUCUUUCAGAUUGGACUUGACUUCGCCUCGAAUUUGUAAAUUUCUUGUUCAGUUAUGGCGAAUGUUAUGAAGACAGGCGGUCAUUCGUCCAGCACCACGACGGACGUGAAGAGGACGAAGCAGAAGGAAACAGUCCUGUAUGAAGCAUCUGGCCAGGCCCCAGCGCCAAGCAAGAAUUACUAUCAGGUGCUUGUCGAUGAGAACUUUGUGACGCUGAGAUGGUGGCCAAUCUCCUUUCAUCUCGGUCAGCAUGCCAGACCUGGUGAGAAACGUAUCCCACUGGCUGACUAUGCGGACGACAGCCGCACUCGAGAUGACGUCAAGUCCAACCUGGGAGCAAAUGUGGAGGAGAAGGUCUCUCGCCUGGCACGCGGCAUCAACGACCUUCUGUGCAACUUACCCCAAGACAUCCUGGUGAAGAUAUUGGGUGACCUGGACUUGACAUCACUCCAGAGAAUCAGCUGCUGCAACACUUACCUCAACGAAGUAUGCUCGUGUAAUGCGCUAUGGGAAAAGAUCUACCUGCAGAAUCACGGCUGGGCAAGUGAGGACCUACAUGCGCUCGCCUCCGAGAUCACUUGGAAAAAGGUGUUCUUUAUGAACAAGCUGCAGCUACAGAUGCUGCUAAGCCGCCGGCGAAGAGCUGCCAGCGCUGGGCCAGAUUCAAGGCCUCAGACUGGUGGUGUGUUCCUUACUGAGUAGAUAGAGACAAGUAACAGAGAGGCAUCAGCUUAAUAUUGACAGAUUAUCAAUGGUCAGGAACUACGCAGUAUUCAAUGGGUCUGCGAUGUAGUCUCAAUGCGCGUAGUCUUGAGAAGAAAUUCACAUCUUGUAUAGUGAUUUUUCCCCAAUCAUGUGGUCGCACAUAUAGGCAUAUGAUUGUGUUUGUGUGUGUGCACGAACGCGCGCUCGCACGCGCGUGUAUGUGUGUGUGCGUGUAUGUGUGUGCAGGCAUGCACAUGCAGGAUGAAGCACCUCCCUAGAUUAUCAAUCCACUUUGUCAUCAAUGGGUUUAUCGCACCUAAAAUUUGAAAGAAUAUCUGAAUGAUCUGCUGGAUUUCCAGAUUCACUUGAGUUUCAUAAGAUUUUUAUUGCUUUCAUAGAGAAUAUGAGAAGAACCUGAGUCAACCCCAUUCUAAAUGUCCCAUCAUAUAUAUUAUCUUUGCAAGCUGUGGAACAGAUUGCUCUAGGACACCGAAGCAUUGCUGCUACCAGAUGACCUACUACAAGUAUAAUUUGAAUUGUCACAAUGUGAAUACAAUUUAUCUAUCAGAAGAGACACACUCCUUGA